ACUCAUGUUUGUUUCCUUGAGGGGAAACGGACGGAUCGUUGAAGGAGCAUCUCAAAAUGGCGAGUCAAGAGGAGUCUGUUAGGGAGUUCGUUGCUGUAACUGAUGUGGACGAGGAGAGGGCCCGGUUUUUCCUGGAGUCAGCCGGUUGGAACCUGCAGCUUGCACUUGCCAGUUUCUUUGAGGAUGGAGCUGAUGACGACAUAGUGACUCUUCCCCAGCCUGAGGGGGGCUCCUCAGUGUCUCGAUCAGCAGGGCCCAGUCAGCCCAGAGUGACCUCUUUCAGGGACUUAAUGCAUGAGGCUGAAGAUGAGAGUGAUGAGGAGGAAGGUCAAAGGUUUUUUGCAGGUGGAUCAGAACGCAGUGGACAACAAAUCGUUGGGCCUCCAAAGAAGAAAAGUCCAAAUGAAGUGGUGGAGGAUUUGUUCAAAGGAGCCAGGGAACAUGGAGCUGUUCCUUUGGACCGGGCUGGGAAAGGACCCGGAGAAUCCAGCAAAGCAAAGGCAUUUGUUGGUGGAGGUUACAGGCUAGGGGCAGCUCCCGAGGAGGAGUCAGCCUAUGUGGCUGGAGAGAGGCAAGCCUCCAACAGUCAGCAGGAUGUUCAUGUGGUACUUAAACUGUGGAAGACAGGUUUCAGUCUGGAUAAUGGUGAACUCAGAAACUACAACGAUCCUGGAAAUGCCAACUUCCUUGAUGCAAUCCGAAGAGGAGAGAUUCCUCUUGAGUUGAGGCAGCGGUCUCGUGGAGGCCAAGUCAACCUGGACAUGGAGGACCACAGGGAUGAGGACUUUGUUAAGCCCAAGAUGGCCUUCAAAGCUUUUGGAGGUGAAGGGCAGAAGUUAGGAAGCGCCACUCCAGAGCUGAUUUCAGCUCCACCAACUUCCCAGCAGGACCAGUCUGCCAACGAGGCCCAAGCCAGUGCCUCUGUGACCCUUGACCCCUCCCAGCCCACUACUAACAUUCAGAUUCGACUGGCCGACGGCGGCCGGCUAGUCCAAAAGUUCAACCACACCCACAGGGUGUCUGACCUGCGGCAGUUUGUGGUAACAGCCCGGCCCGCCAUGGCCGCCAGAGAGUUUGCCCUCAUGACCACCUUCCCCAACAAGGAGCUGUCAGACGAGAACCAGACGCUGCAGCAGGCCAACCUCCUCAACGCCGUCAUUGUCCAGCAGCUAAAGUGAAGCCGGGACAGUAAGAGCAGUUCCCACUCUCCCCUCACGCCUGUGUGGCUGAGCAGCUGCAGCCCUGCUGCCCCUCAGAGGGAGGAGGAAACACUGACUUGAAAUGGACUUCAAUUUUUUUUUUUUUUCUUUUCUAAAAUGAAGUGUAACAUUCUGUGCCCCCCCGCCCCAAUAUGCUCAGCCUCCCCGUCUGCUCCGCGGCAGAUGGUGAUGAGGGCUGAAAGUUUAACCAGCCUAUCAGAAACCCUCCAGACAAAGGUGAAUUGUGGUUUUGGUGGGAUUGAGUUUAUCUUACAGCCACAUUCCAGUUGUCUGAAGUCGCACUGGUUGCAGUGAUGCUCAUUAAAUCUUAAGUGGUUUCCUAUUUAUGGGUUUCCACUUUUUUUAUUCUGUUAAUAAUCUGGCCUUUGUGCAGUGUUUUCAGUCAGAUGCUGAGACGUCAGCACAUCAUUGCAGCAGCAACGGAUCCCCUCUUUGUUUCUGUUUAAACACAAACCACAACCAAUAAAGUCCUUUUUCUUUUUU